UUAACAAGCCUUCGGGGCGAGUGGAUUUUGUUAUUAUUUAUAAAAAGUGUUUCAAAAUCGAUAUCAUGGCAAUUAAGUACACACUUGUAGCCUCAGUGCUAAUAGUAUGCGUGUAUGGACGCGUCUUUACAUACCUAAGACCGUUGGACCUACAGCCAUCAUCGAACAUCGUUCAUGCGCAGCCAAAAAUUUCUUACGACCUUUAUCAUCACAUACCUGAAGAUGAACAUGUCGACUAUUAUGCGUACCCUAAGUAUGUAUUCAAGUAUGGAGUGAAUGAUUUCCACACGGGUGACAUCAAGACACACCACGAAAGCAGAGAUGGUGAUGUUGUAAAAGGUCAGUACACAGUCGUAGAGCCCGACGGUUCAAUACGCACUGUCGACUAUACAGCUGACAAGCACAACGGAUUCAAUGCCGUCGUCCACAAGACUGCCCCCAUAUCUGCUCACGAGGCAGCAAAAUUUCACCAUAUUCACUAAGCUUUAAAAAUAAAUGCAUUUCGAAUUAAGACACAAGCACAUAA